AAUACAGUCACACUAGAAGCCACCAAAAAGGAAAAAGUAGGAAAAUUACACAAAUUUGUAAUUGAUAAGCAAACUAAUAGUCUUUGGAGAAGCAAACAGAGCAAACCUAAAAAUGAUGACUGAUAAAAGCUAUGACUCCAGUAAUAGCGAGUCGGAGGAACGACGGACUAAGCACAAAAAGCCAAAGAAGCACAAAAAACACAAAAAGUCCUCUUCAAGCAAGAGUGAGAAAGAAAAGCACCCCCACAAGAAGCAUAAGAAAGCUAAGAAACGUCUUCACCGGCAAAGCGAGUCCUCGGACUCUGAAGCGCCGGAAAUAGCGACGAUCAAGCAACCACGUAACGCAUCAUUAAGUAGCAAGUUUACCGAGAUUAUGGAGAAGGCUAGUCGGAAUGGUGCCGAUCUAAGACUUGCUAAGCAAAAGCUGCCCACGGAUCCUUGUAGUCUAGUUGAAGAGAUAACCAAGACUAUACAGAACAAGGUGCUGCCUGUUUUGGAGGUUGCCAGCUCCGGCAGCGAGAGCGAUGUCCCGGUCGAUGUGGCCAGUCCCGUCAUUUCGCCGAUUAUAGAAGACGAACUUAACUUGGAGGACUUAAUGCGACAAAAGGCCCUGCUGCAGGCUCGCCUUGGUGCCUAUCUGUCGGACCCUGAAGUAGAAGAGAUGACCGAUCCCCCCAACCAUCGCCAGACGCCGAAGAAAACUCAUCAGGAGUCUUCGCAGGGAAAACCUGUGGCCAAGGUGGCUACCCACGCAGCGCAGCCCCACAUAGCCGCCAGCAAGUCUGCAGCGCCGCUGGCCACUGCAACUAGUAAACACGCUAUUAUUAAACAGUCUAGCAAGCAUAACUCAAAUGAAUCCGAUGUUAUAUUGUUGGAUGAUUCUAGCGGAGGACAGCGCACGCCCUCGCCCACACCCGAGAAGCGAAGACGCCAUGCAUCCCCUUCCCCGGCCACGACAGCGCCAAGAAGUCGUGUUCGUGAUGAGUCAACCCACGCCCGUAGAGAGCGUCGCUCCAGGGAACGAGAGCGCCUUCGCAGCCGCACACCACCGCGUCGCCGAGGAGAACCACUUCCUAUACAGUCCAGGCCCCGAAGUCGCAACCGGAACAUGGAGGAUCUUCGGCAAGAGAUCAACCGAGACAAGCAGCGCGAGAGGCGCGAACACAGCCGAGACCGAGAUCGUGAGAGGGAUAGAGAACGGGAGCGGGACCGUAGAGGAACGGACAGGCAGCAGGCAACUGAGCCGCGUACGGGUCGCCCUAGGGAUCGGGAUGGUCGGCCGAACCGUCAGCGAUCCCACAGUCGUAGUAAGUUGGAGUCAGACAGGCGCCGAGAGCGCGAGCGCCAAAAAGAUCGAGACCGAGGUGGUUUCGAUCGUGGACGCGGUGGUGGCCGUGGUGGGGACAACGGGGUCGGCGACCGUGAUCGCUAUAAAGGCUCGCUAAGCGAAGGUCAGAAGAUGCAUGAAAAGGAAAGCAGUGAUGAAGACAUCAAUCUGGACAUUGACAUUAACGAUGACGAAGACGAUGAAGAGCGUAUCAUCGAACAGCGGCGAAAGAGGCGAGAGGAACUACUUAAGAAACUGGGUUCUGGUCAGGAAUCACCCACGCCACAAAACUCAAACUCCUACGAGUCGCGAAGUACUUCGCCAGGUUCAUCGCAAAGACCUGCUAGGUCUCCCACGCCGACUCUCCCUGAAGCAAUUCACCCGAAGGACCAGCAGCAGCUAGAUAAUUCGGGUAACCAAAAGAAUAAUAAGGACUCCGGUAAGGAAAAGCGAAAUGAAUGGGACAUGUUUGCUGACCAAGAUGUGGAUUCUAAUUUUGAUUCUCCUAAUACAAUUGUUCAAAAUAAGCACCAACACGAUAAUCCCGCCCUCACCGACAACUGGGACGAUGCCGAGGGCUACUAUAGAGUUCGAAUUGGCGAGGUUCUAGACAACCGAUACCUGGUAAAUGGAUACACGGGCCAGGGCGUAUUCAGCAAUGUUGUGCGCGGAAGAGAUCAGGCUCGCGGGCAGGCCAAUGUGGCCAUAAAAAUCAUUCGAAAUAAUGAGAUAAUGCAUAAAACGGGACUACGCGAGUUGGAAAUUCUCAAAAAACUUAAUGAUGCUGAUCCGGAUGAUCGGUUCCAUUGCCUGCGCUUAUAUCGCCACUUCUUUCACAAACAGCAUCUUUGCAUGGUUUUUGAGCCACUGGCAAUGAACCUCCGCGAGGUACUCAAGAAAUACGGCAAGAACGUAGGCCUACAUAUAAAAGCCGUGCGGAGUUACACGCAGCAGUUGUUUUUGGCGCUUAAGCUGCUGAAAAAGACGGGUAUUCUGCACGCAGAUAUCAAACCGGACAACAUCUUGGUAAACGAGAACAACUUGAUCCUGAAGCUGUGUGAUUUUGGAUCAGCUUCGGGCAUCAGUGACAACGAAAUUACCCCAUACCUUGUUUCGCGAUUUUAUCGCGCGCCAGAAAUUAUCUUGGGAAUACCGUACGACUAUGGCAUCGACACGUGGUCGGCCGGCUGCACCAUCUACGAGCUGUACACGGGAAAGAUUCUAUACAGUGGAAAGAGCAACAACCAGAUGCUCAAGUUCUUCAUGGAUGUUAAAGGCAAGAUUCCAAACCGCAUUGUGCGUAAAGGCCAGUUUAAAGAACAGCAUUUUGAUCAGAGUUGCAACUUUUUGUAUCACGAAAUAGACAAGCUCACUGAAAGGGAGAAGAUUGUAGUGAUGCCGGUCAUUAAACCUUCACGGAGUUUACAACAGGAACUCAUCGCUGAUCAGAACCUUCCCGAUGAUCAGCACCGUAAGGUGACGCAGCUAAAAGAUCUUCUGGAAAAUAUGUUCGCUUUGGACCCAGCGAAGCGGAUUUCCCUAAACCAGGCACUAAUGCAUCCUUUUAUUCAGGAGAAAAUGUAGAGCAGCCUACGGCUUCGAAUAAACGUAAAUCUGUUUGCUAGCUUGUAAGAAAACUGAUACGCCCAACUCGCGAGUUAGUUAUAGACUAGUUACUAUACUCGUUUGAUACCAGAUAACACGCUCAUCUAGAAAUCACACGACCUAUAUACAUCUUUUUAGUUGAUGUAAAUAAGUUCGGUGGUUUUUUUACUGUACGGCGCGAUUAGAAACCCGAAUUAAACUAAUUAUGCUUAUUCAGUUAGAAAAUGUUCCGAAACUUGUUAUUCGUGUGUGUACCAUGCGUGUAUAUAAGUAUUUUAAAACCACUCUGUAUGAAAUGCAUGUGACCGAUUUUCCACACACAAUAUAUAUAUAUAUAUUAAAACCCAUA